AUGAAAAGUAACAACGAAACACAAGACAAAAGUAAAGAUGAAGAAAUUUUGAAAUUGAGAAAACUGGCUGCACUUUUUAAGAAUGAGUGUAAAAAGCUUAAAGAAGAAAACGAUCUUUUGAAGAGAAACAUAACUGUAAAUAAACAAGAAUGCGACAGUGAUGACAAGAACAACAAUAAGGAGAGUAGUAGUAUCGAAGGAGAAGAUAUUUCAAGAAAAUUAAAACAAGAAUUUGGUAAAAGGAUGGUAAUUGAAAAAAACUACAAAAAGUUGAAGGAGUUCACAUUCGUUCUAGAAGAAAAACUAGUAAAUUUAAAAAAAGAGAACAAGGACAAGUGCAAAAACUUGGAGGAAAAACUAAACGAAUGUUAUAAAAAUUUAAAUAUGUGUAAAUAUGAAAAUGAAAAUUUAAAAGAAAAAAUAAAAGAAAAGGAUGUAACAGUAGAUAAGCUAAAUAAUAAAAUUGACGAAUUUCGUAUAUAUUUAAAAGGAGAAAAAAGUAUAAUAAAUAAUAAUCUGUUAGAUAAUAUAACGGAUGAUGAAGUAUUAAAAUAUAAAUUAGAAAUAAAAAAAUUAAAAGAAAAUAUAGAAAUUUUAAAAAAAAAUGAUGAAAUAACAUCCAAGGAAAGACAACAGUAUAAAAGCAUGAUUGUUUUAUGUUCUCAGUAUAAAGAGAAAUGUAAAAAAAUUCCAUUAUUAGAAAGCAAAAUUGAUAUAUUGGAAAGCAAAAUAAAAGAAUUAGAAAUAUUCAAAUAUAGAGAUAAAGAAAGAUUCGAAAAUAUUAAAGAACUGAAAAACAGUAUUUUAAAUCAUCAAAUAGAGAAUAAUAAACUAACAGAGCAACUAAACGAAUGGAUGAAGUUUUCCAAAUUGUAUAUAAAUGAUAAAGCCAUAAAUAUUGAGAAUUUAAAAAAAAGCUUGAAUGAUAUAUAUAAUAAGUACAAUCAAGUUAAUUUUACAAAGACAGACUUAGAAGUGAAAUACAAAAAGUUGUCAAUUGAUAUAGAAAUAGAAAAACAAAAUAGUGAGGAUAAGAAUUUAGAGCUAAGAAUUUUGAAAAACAAAAUUAGGUUUUUAGAAAAAAAGUAUGAAUUGCUUAAAAGAGAUUAUUUGUACGAGUUGAACAAGGCAAAGGGUGUCCAUGAUAGGGGCAAGGGUAACAGUAACACGGUCCAACGAAACCAGGGAAAGGCAGAAAAACAAGGGGAGGGUUUGAAUAGGGAGGCGUGUUCUGAGUCCGAAAUGCAGCUUCAAAGAGGUGGUAAUGAAAAAGACGAUGGAGGUGAUGAUAGUAAUACUGCUUGUGCUGAUGGUGAUGAAGACGCUGAUGCUAAUGCGAAGGAAGCGGGGAGUAAAAAUUUUGAGAGUUCAAAAUUUGGGAGUACAACAUUUGAUAGUAUAAAAUUAGAGGGCGCAAAUUUUGAGAAGCUUCUGACAGACUACAAAACCAAAUACGACAUGAUAAAAAAAGACAAUCAAGAGAAGGAAAAAUUAAUAGAAGAAUUAAAUGAAAAUAUGAAGAAAUAUAAAAGUGAGUACGAAAGUUUUUAUUUAAAACAAAAAAAUGCAGAAAUGUUUGCAGAAGAAUUGCAGUUUCAUAAGAAGGAAAUAAUAUAUCUUAAAGAAGAAGUAGAGAAUUAUAAAAACAAAAUUGUAUAUUUAGAAAAUGAUUUAACACAUGUGAAAAACCAAUGGCGUGAAGAUAAUGAGAAAAAUGAUACUGUCAUAAGAGACUUGAAAGAAACAAUAAAAAAGGUGCAGUUUGACAAUAAAAUGAACAAUAAGGAGAGUAAAGGUAAUAAAGCUCUUUCCACAGACUUAUACAAUAAUAAUAAUAGUAAUAAUAGUGUUAGUAGUAAUCAUAGUCAUUAUUGUAAUAAGGAUGAUAUAAGUGUUCUCUACAGAGAUAUCGAAAGUUUAAAAUCCAUGGACGAAAUAGAAUUAACAAAUAUGAGAAAUGAAAUUUUAUAUUUAAAGUCCAAAAUUGAAGUUAUUAAAAUUUAUUAUACUAGCCAAAUAAAGAGCUAUAGAGAAGCAUUCCUUUAUCUUUUGGGAUGGGAUGUACAAGUUGAACACAGUAAUGAGGAGGUCUUCUUCAUUCUGACUUCCUUAUUUUCGACGCACGAUGGGAAAUUUAUAUUCAUAAAAAGCAAAUGCGCAAAUGAAAAGAGGUCUUACCAUCCCCAGAACGAGGGUUAUCGGAGUUUGAAAAAAAUGAAGGUCGAGCUGGCCGCCGAAACAGACACACAUAAAUUUGAUGAUGUAAAGGAUGGGGUAGGUGAACAAGUAGAAUCCGGGGUAGGUAACAGCAUAGAAUCAGGGGUAGGUAACAGCAUAGAAUCCGGGGUAGGUAACAGCAUAGAAGCUGGGAUAGGUAACAGCAUAGAAGCUGGGAUAGGUAACAGCAUAGAAGCUGGGAUAGGUAACAGCAUAGAAGCUGGGAUAGGUAACAGCAUAGAAGCUGGGAUAGGUAACAGCAUAGAAUCCGGGGUAGGUAACAGCAUAGAAGCUGGGAUAGUUGAUAGAGUAGAAGCCGAAGUGGAUGACGAAUCGGAGGUGCAGAAGGAAAGAGAAAGAAGUGGGGACCAAGACAAGGAGAACUUCUACGAUGGACUAUUCAACGAGAGAAACGAAAUCAACACUAACGCAGUUAUAGAAAAGUCAAACCUCCAAAAUACGAACAUCAACAUAUCUACAAUAAUGAAAGGAUGCAAAUAUAAUUUACUAUUGCACGGGUAUUAUAGUAUUAAGUGGAAUGAAAAUGUUGAAUGGAAAAGAUACAUAAAUAAAAUAAAUACAUACCCAAUUCUUUUAUCUCUAUCAUGUAUAGAAGAAUAUAAUAAUAUAAAAUGUCAGUAUAACAAUAAUCUGAGCAAAAACCAUAAAGGAAUGUUGUUCAAAAUAUAA